UGCGGCCGCGCACGCGGGACGUGGUCGCAAUCUACUCCGCUUUUCCCUAUUCCGCUGGCGACCCGCAUCCUGUGUCGCGCUCCGCCGCCCCUGAAAUGCCACUGCCCCGCCGAGCACGUCGCCUCCUUUCCCCCGCAACAGUAAGCCGCACACGGGUCCACACUGCAAAACAUGUGGGCCGCAGCUGCUUCGCCCCCGUUACCUCCUUUAUGAACCUCACAAGUCGGCGACACCCGCACCGGCUUCCGCAGACAACAGCUCGUUGUCUUCCAGCUUCCGCCAAUUCCACCAUCUCAACAAGACAACCUGUCGUUGUCUUCUGCUUGCUUUCUGCUGGCCCAUGAAUGCUUGGUCCGACCUCCCGAUGGAGCUUCUCGGCUCCAUCCUCGAACGCCUCCCCGUUGCAGACCGAAUCCGCUUCGCCGCCGUCUGCUCCUCUUGGCGCUCCGCCUCCGGCGCCCACCUCGGCUGCCCGCCCCCGCCACAGUCCCCCUGGCUCAUGCUCCCCUUCAACCCCACCUUCACCCCCACCGGCUCCGCCGCCGCCUUCUUCAGCCUCGCUGACCGCAAGGCCUACAGGCUCCCCCUCCCCGACCCGCCCGUCUCCGACCGCCUCGUCGUCGGCUCCUCCCACGGUUGGCUCGUCACCGCCGACGCAGACUCCGAGCUCCAGCUCCUGAACCCAUUGAUGGGAGAGCAAGUCCGGCUCCCUUCCAUCACCACCUUCCCCUUCGUCGACGCCGUCCGUGACGAGCGCGGCCGUGUCACCCGCUACUCACUCUGCUUCGGGGACGACAUCCCGCCCGAGCCGUUCGAGCCGGACAGGCUGAGGUACUUCUUCUACGAGAAAGCCGUCCUCUCCUCACCUCCGUCUCGCUCCUCUUGCUCCUCUUCUUGGGGAGGCUACACCGUGAUGCUAAUUCACAACCCCCUGUUCGGGCUGGCCUUUGCGAGGGCCGGCGACGAGUCGUGGACGGUCAUCGACACCCCGUCGCUAUACUGGGUAGACGCCAUCUGUUCUUCCAGCGGGCAGUUCCUGACGCUGGAGUCCAUGGGCAGGGUCGAAACUUGGGAGCUGGACGGCGGACCCCUCCCCGCUUCCACCCUGGUCGCCCCCAGGUUGGGCAUCCACGACUGCUCCAAGUACCUGGUGGAGCUGCCGCGGGGGCAGCUGUUGCAGGUCUACCGAUGGAAGGACCCGGUGCAGUCCAAUUGCAAGUGGGAGCCUCGCCCGCUCUACGUGGAGUGCGUCACUACCAGGGUGAAGGUGUUCAGGUUGAAGGUAGACGAUGCCAAGGGAUGCGUCUGGGUUGAGAACGAGGGCGAGAAUUUGCAGGAAUUCGCGUUGUUCUUGGGGAAGAACAGCUCGAUGUGCGUCAAGGUGAGGGAGUGCCCUGAGCUGAGAGGGAACUGCAUCUAUCUCACGGACGAUGGGUCGUGGUCGUAUGAGAAGUGCCAUGAAGUGGUUCCAGAUGUGGGGGUGUUCGACCUGAAGGAGAAGAGCCUCAAGCCUUGUGGUGGCUAUAAUUUCCAGUGGAUAUGGCCUCCUCCCGCUUGGGUAAUUCCCACUGUGACCUAAAAAGAACAUGAUUAAGCAGUACCUUUAUAUUUCUUUCUUAUGCAA